AAAGCCGCCAUCCUUCGCUCGCGCGUUAAUUCGUUAUCCCGACCAUGGAGCGGCGCCCGGAAGGAGAGCAGAGCAAAGAGGCGGCGGAGACCAAGUACCGCGGCGUCCGGCGCCGGCCGUGGGGCAAGUACGCGGCGGAGAUCCGGGACCCGAGCAAGAACGGCGCCCGCGUCUGGCUCGGCACCUUCAACACCGCUGAGGAGGCGGCGCGCGCCUACGACAAGGCCGCCUACGACAUGAGGGGCGCCCUGGCUGUGCUCAACUUCCCGGACAAGGUCCAUUCCGGCGCCACCAGCAGCUCGUCUUCACUAAGGCAGAGCGAGGAGAAGGAAGUGAUCGAGCUGGAAUACUUAGACGACAAGGUGCUGGAGGAACUCCUCGAGUCCGGUGAAAAGGGUGGCCACAAGAAUUAAUAGCUUAAUUAAUUUGUUUGAGCUCCAUGAAUUAUGCAAAUGAAAGCUAUCGAUGCGUGUUUUUAAUUACUUAAGGUAAAAUAAUGUAUGAGUGAUUCUA